ACACUUACAGUAUAACUGCAUAAUUCAGUGUUCUUUGGAGAUAUUUAAACGAUCUAAGUGUGAAAUAUGAAUAUCCCUGAGGUAUAUUCAUAUGAGGAGCGAGCGAUAAACACUGUGGUUUCGGUGAUAAACCGAGCGAAAGAGAUGCUGGGUGACCGGCAGACUUUGAAGCAACUGGCUAAUAGUCGUGACGUGUACGCGGCACCCGCCAAAGUGAACCUGUCACGCCUGGAGCCCCCUUUAGCAAUAACAAGCCGGGAUCUCAUCGCUGACACCAUCGAGAAGACGUGGAAACUAACAAAUCUUUUCAAAUAUUCACUGAAAUAUAAAGGCAGCUCUAAAGACGAAUGUUUGCAGUAUUUCUAUUUCGAGGCCAUCUUCAGUCAACCGACAGUAUCUUAUCCCAUACCACAAGCUACUGCCUCAGCGUUUUUCCGAGUACAAGAUAAACUUAUAGAACCACCGGAGAAACGAGGAGUUCCAAAGAUGACGUUUAGAGUGGAGGGCCACCACAUCGACCAUGACAUCCGGCACGUGCUGCUACCAGCGGACUGGCUGCUCGCCGUCAUCAUGAUGAAGAUCAAAGUUUUCAGCAGGAUCGAGAGUUAUAAUGUUUUUUGAUUUGUUUUUAAUUGUUGUCUACUUAUACAAUUUAUUUUUAUUGUAC